AUGAAAAUUCCAACGCAAAAGUUGAUCCUCAUCACAUUGAUGAUGUUAAUGAUCAUGACAAUCAUGAAUGGAUUUUUCACACUUGCCUACGAAUGGUCUCAACCCAAUAGAAAUCAAUAUAGAAAUAGAUACUUUCCCGAAUCAAUUUUUGAACACUACUCUCAUGAUUCACAAGGUGGUUUUAAUUUAAUUCCAGAAUCAAUUUUAAUUGUACCUCCGCUAGGGAGAAUAUUUGCAAUUUCUACUACAUCAUCAAAUAUAUUAAAAUUUAAUAAUAAUAAUAUUAAAAAUCAUGAUGAUGGUAACAAUGAAAAGAAAAUGAAGGAUAUUGGUAGGGAUUAUAAAAGCCAUCUUGUUGAAUUUAAUCAAAAGGAGCAAUGGAAGAUUCUUUUGGAAAUACCGAAUAAUCUUGAAAUGAAAUUGAGUAUUCCAGCAGAAAUGGAUAAUUUGGGAUUUUAUUAUACAGUGAUGAGGAAUUUAACAUCUGGAAAUGAUUUGAUAAUGAAAUUUCAUGUGGAGGGCAGCAGUAGUAGCAAAUCAUCCUUUCAAAUUAUUGCCAAUUCAACAUUAAUGCCAAGUAUUGAUUCAAUUAUUUGUGUAGAUCCACAUGAUAAGAUGUUCGUCUUGUCGAAUGGAAAGUUGAUUAAUUACAAUGUUAUGAAAUCACACUUGAUAUGGGUUUCAUCACUUACAGGAAUUUCAAAGUCAAGUCAAAUGCUCUAUGAUGAAGAUUUAUUAUUUGUUUCAUUUAGUGGAGGAAUUGCAAGAAUUAAUAUUGGAAGUGGACAUGUGGUUGGACAAACAGAAAUUAAUCAAUAUGUAGUUGAAUUGAAUCCAUCAAUAUUAUCAUUUGAUGAGAGAUAUAUUGUUGGAUUUGAAAAGAAGGUUCAAACCUCUAAUGCCUACUGGCUGCAUAUCGUAGAUCAAAAGUUUAUUACUAAGGGAUCGCUCAGUUCAGAUCUUUUGAAAGAUAGAAAUGGAAAGGUAAUUGAUUUGAGUAGGUGCUCCAAUGUGAUGAGUCAAGUGGAUAGUAUUCUAUUCUUUUGUCAUGUUUCAAAUUCAACCAAUGAAUAUUCAAUGUACAAGUUUGAUAUUUCAGAAGAUUCACUCAGAGCAACACUCGGGUAUCAGGUUGAGUUUCAAGCCAAAUCAUGUUCAAAACAAUUGGCAAGAUUUGAUCACUAUUCUUAUUUUGCCACUGUUUGUGAUUCUCAUAUUUAUGUCUUUUCAAUGAAUUCUCCACAAAUUGUUAGAAAGCCACUCAAUAUUAGAACGAAUGAAAAUACUCAAAUUGUUGGUUCAACAGUGACGUUCUUUGUUCUGACUACAGAGGUGGAUACGGUUAAUGUUGAAGUUGUUCAUGCAAAGGUUUAA